AUGCUCACAGGUUUGGCUGAUAUACUUCGAGGCGCUGGUCUCAAGGUUGUCGAAGUUGCCGGCUGGAAGACUCGUGGACAUGGUGUGAUGAGUUCAGUGAAGGGUAUUAUUGUUCAUCACACAGCAGGCCCAGCGACAGGCGAUUUUCCCUCAUUAGGGGUCGUUCGAGAUGGCACAUCUAGUCUUUCUGGUCCACUUGCACAGCUCGGAUUGGGCCGCACUGGAACUUGGUUUGUCAUUGCAGCAGGUCGUUCUUAUCAUGCCGGCAGCACCUUAGAUGACUCCAUCUAUGGCAAUAGUAACGCAAUCGGAAUCGAAGCCGAAGGAACUGGUUUACCAGCUACCGAUAGCGGACAUGCUCACUGGCCAGAAGUGCAGUACCAGAGUUACGUGAAAGGUGUGAAAGCUCUUCAAAAAGCUUACGGUGUGCCCACUGCUCGUGUCUUGGGACACAAGGAGGCGGCGGUGCCUAAAGGUCGCAAGAUCGAUCCCAACUUUUCCAUGGCUGAAUUUCGCUCUAAGCUCGGUUGA